AUGGCACGGUUUCUAUCAAAGGAUAAAUUAGAAGGAUUUGAAAUAUAUAAGUACAACUCAGUGGACACAAGUAUACUCAGCAAUUAUGUUAUGCAUCCAUUUUGGAACUGGUGUGUUCAGUUUUGCCCGGUGUGGGUGGCACCAAACCUCCUAACUUUUAGUGGCUUCCUACUGACGGUCCUUAACUUCCUGUUGUUCUCCUAUUACGACUUUGGAUUCCAUGCCCUCACCGAAGAGAAUAUUACCAACGAUCACAUUCCCAAUUGGGUUUGGGCCGUCACUGCAAUCAACUUGUUCACAGCAUAUACUUUAGACGGCAUCGACGGCAAGCAGGCCCGCCGCACCGGCACCAGCGGCCCCUUGGGAGAGCUCUUCGACCACGGCCUCGACUCCUACUCGGCGGUGUUCAUACCCACAUGCCUCUAUAGUAUAUUCGGAAGGGACGAGAUAAGCCCGCUGAGAUUUUUCUUCAUAAUAUGGAACAUCUUCAUCAACUUCUAUCUGACGCAUUGGGAGAAGUACAACACGGGCGUGAUGUUCCUGCCCUGGGGUUACGAUUUCACAAUGAUCGGGUCGUGCAUCCUGCUAAUGGUGACGUCGGUGACUGGGCCGAGGGCGUGGCACGCGCCCCUCCCCGGCGGCCUCAGCCCCGGCUUCCUCUUCGAGCUGGUGCUCUACUUCUCCGCGAUGCUCACCAGCCAGACGGUCAUACUGUGGAACAUAUACAAGUCGUACCGUGACGGUACCGGCAAGAUGCGGCCAUUUGCAGAAGCCGUCAGACCUUUGGUGCCACUAGCCGCCUUCUUCGUGCUCAGCACUGUGUGGGCGUUGUACUCCCCCACUGACGUCAUCAACCGCGCCCCCAGGAUAUACUACGUCCUCACCGGCACCAUCUUCUCCAACAUCAACUGCCGGCUUAUCGUGUCGCAAAUGAGCAACACCCGCUGCGAGGCGUUCAACGGCCUGGUGGCGGUGUACGGGGGAGUGCUGAUGGCCGUUCUGCUCCUGCAACCCUCGCCAAUGGCGGAACUGCUUCUGCUGUCGUUCCUCGCGAUCGUCUGCACCGCAGCCCACCUCCACUACGGCGCCAGAGUGGUACAAGAGAUGUGUGAACAUUUCAAAAUCGCAUGCUUUCACAUCAAGCCAAAGACAAAA